AUGAUGCUGUCCUCCAGCCCUGUCAUCCAGCUCCCAGAACAUACUCCUCAAGCUUUUGACAACCACUUUGUUCCUGUCUAUGGGAACCAUUCCUCUGUCAACUCAUCUUUCUACUUUGGGGAGAUCAGCAUUGGGACACCACCCCAAAAUUUCCUAGUCCUCUUUGACACGGGCUCCUCCAAUCUCUGGGUGCCCUCCAUCUACUGCCAGAGCCAAGCCUGCUCCAAUCACAACAGGUUCAACCCCAGCCUGUCCUCCACCUUCAGAAACAAUGGACAAACCUAUACACUGUCCUAUGGGAGUGGCAACCUGAGUGUGUUCCUGGGCUAUGACACUGUGACUGUUCAGAACAUCAUCGUCAAUAACCAGGAGUUUGGCCUGAGUGAGAAUGAGCUCAGUGACCCCUUCUACUAUUCAGAUUUUGACGGGAUCCUGGGAAUGGCCUACUCAAGCAUGGCAGUGGGGAAUUCCCCGACAGUGAUGCAGGGGAUGCUGCAGCAGGGCCAGAUCACUCAGCCUGUCUUCAGCUUCUACUUCACCCACCAACCAACCCGCCAGUAUGGUGGAGAGCUCAUCCUUGGAGGUGUGGACCCCCAACUUUAUUCUGGUCAGAUUAUCUGAGCCCCUGUCACCCGGGAACUGUACUGGCAGAUUGCCAUCGAAGAAUUUGCCGUUGGUAACCAGGCCACUGGUUUGUGCUCUGAGGGUUGCCAGGCCAUUGUGGUUACCGGGACCUUCCUGCUGGCAGUUCCCCAGCAGUACAUGGGCUCCUUCCUGCAGGCAACAGGAGCCCAGCAGGCUCAGAAUGGUGAUUUUGUGGUCCACUGCAGCUACAUACAGAGCAUGCCCACCAUCACCUUCAUCAUCGGCGGGGCCCAGUUUCCUCUGCCUCCCUCUGCCUAUGUCUUCAAUAACAAUGGCUACUGCAGGCUCGGAAUUGAGGCCACCUAACUGCCCCUCCCGAGUGGGCAGCCCCUCUGGAUUCUAGGGGAUGUCUUCCUCAAGGAAUAUUACUCUGUCUAUGACAUGGCCAACAAUAGGGUAGGCUUUGCCUUCUCUGCCUAG